AAUGGCGCUGUCCGGCUUGUAGACCACACGUUAUCCAAUUUGAGAAAAACAAUGCAGUCAUUUGCAUUAAUGACGUUCUCAUCUGUGCCAUUGUUUCUUCGAUGUAUAAUGACUGUGAUAUAGUAGUUGCCGCCGUGGCUAAAUGACAUCUAUACAAAUGUGACAGUGUCUGUUUUUUUUCUAUUGUCAUUGUUCCAGACGUGUAAAGAGUGAAGGUCAGUGCUGCUGCACGAGUUUUUUACUCAACAACUGUUUACUCAACCGUUGAAGCGCUGCAUAUAGCUAUAUGUUCUCUGUAUUUAGCAAAUGUCCAGCAGCAGUUGUGUGAAAUAAGUUAUUUACAUCCACCAUUCACAUAUAUUACGUCGUGUAUAGGAAAUAAGGAAGUCGAGAGGCGUUAUCGGUACGCCAAGAGUACUUUUUGACUGAAGUUGUCUAUAACUUGAUAUGGAGAAGCUUUUCAAAGUGAUAAUUAUUGGUGACCCGACGGUGGGAAAGACUUCUUUUGUCCAAAGAUACGUGAACGACAGCUAUAGGAGAGAUUAUAAAGGGACGAUAGGAGUGGACUUUGCUCUAAAGGUUGUGAAGUGGUCUGAUAGAGAGACAGUCAAGUUACAACUAUGGGACAUUGCAGGCCAGGAGAGAUUCACAUCAAUGACAAGAGUCUACUACAAGGAUGCCCAUGCCUGUAUCAUUAUGUUUGACCUGCUCCAGAAAUCCACCUUCAACAAUGCUAUCAAGUGGAAGAAAGACCUUGAUUCUAAGUGUACAUUACCUGAUGGCAGCAAUGUCCCAUGUUUGCUAUUAGGGAACAAGUGUGAUCUCCACCAACAGCGCAAAGUAGACCAGGAGGAAAUAGAAACUAUGUGCAAAGAAAAUGAAUUUCUAGACUGGAAAGAGAUCUCAGUGAAGGAGAAUAUCAUGAUAGAAGAGUCCAUGAGAUGUUUACUGGAAGACAUGUUGGUACGUCAUGUAGACUUUGACCAUAGCAUGAUGCAGUCGCAAAAUACUGGAGAUGGCGCUGGGAGAGCAUUCAGGAUACGACCACAAGAACCAGUAGAAGAGAGUGGCAGCAAAUGCCCAUGUUAGUUCCCAUUGCCUUGAGUGAAAUAUAACCAACUUGAGUUUUCAGAUCAAUUGGGGUCCCUAUUUAAGUCAAGAAAUGAGGAGGACUGUGAAUGUUCAAGGCAAAAUUCUUUCACGGCAUUCAUAAAUUUACUUGGGCCAAAGAAAAGGAGAACAAAAUUUUAUUUGCAAAGUAUUGUUAUUGAUGAUACUUACAUUAUUUAUAAUAAGCAAAAGGAAAAAGGUAAUUUAACUUAAUUUAAAAGGUAAUUUAACUUAAAGCAAAUUUUGUAUUAAUUGGUAUAAUUCAUAAUUUAUUAGGUUUUGUAUUACAUAUUAUAUCAGAAAUGUUGGAUCAAACAUAUGAAAUAGGAAAGGGAAUUUCCAUUGCCCCCUUCCCUCAGUCUGUUUAGGAAUAGACUGGGGAAAUAUGCAAUCAUGAUUAGUAAAGGUGCUUGUAAAGAAAGAAUAAUUCAUGCUGAGCCUUUAUAACAAGAAACAUCGGACAUUAAAUUGGAGUACAAAAAUAUGUGAUAUGUUUGAAAUAUGUGAAGCAUUUAUAAUGAACAAAUGCCACAUUAAGAUCUUCACAGAUAUCUAAGCAAGGUCCCAUGCAAGAAUUAAGUUAUUAUCAGCAACAGAGGAUGGAGUGAUUUUAUCAGAGUAGAAGCUACUCAUUGCAGGCAGCAGUGUCACUGUUAGACAUCUACUUGUACUUGGGAUGGAUGUUUAGCAAUAUUUCCUCAGACAUAUCUAUUUUGCAGUAUUUAUAAUGCUACUACACCUUUUUGUCUUAUUUAAGGAGAGGCUGGCAUCUUGUACAUGUCCCAAAUAUUAUUUUAAGUUUUCACAUUGGUUGUGAGGUAUACACGGUGAGACCACUACUGGAGGUCCUGCCUCGGGCAGCUCAUUUGGUGUAUGCUGAUGAUUGAGUAAAAAGAAACAAUAUCUUUACUUUCCCUCUUUUUUUAUGUUCCAUAGAAAUAUACUGGUACCUUGAAAUAAGGGCUUGCAUAAUUGAGCUUUAAAUGUUUUACAAAAUGUACUUAAUUGAUUUUUUUGGUCUUGUACUUUGUUAUGUGUUGUGCAAACUAGAAAUAAAUUGUUGAUUUUCUCAUA